CCUCUUCAGGACAGUUUUGGCGCAUAAUUAAACUCGAGACGUCGAACGAGAAACGAUUGAUUUCCGAGAGCAGUAAUUUUCCAGACGCUUGUGCCUGAAUGGAAAGUUUCCGAAGCCCAGCGACCUGUCAUGACAUCACCCCACGCAGAACUCAAAUGUGAAAUAUCAUAGCGACAUCAUACCUACGUUGCCGCGCCCCAUGGGCCCCACGACAAGUCCCUUGACGGCACCAAAGCCCCACGAUUCUGACCUCACUUGAUCCACAGCUGUUUAGCGGAGUAAGAAAUCACUCUAUAAUCUGUUCACAAGAGAAGCAUAAAUUCCAGCUUAUUCCCUCUAGCCUAGCUCUCUUUUCUUUCUGCAGAAAACCAAAUCCAGGAACCAUUUCUCUCUAGGCUACUAUCUCUUUCGGCUUAGCCUUAUAGCCUCCUCACUCUCCACGAAAAGAAUUUUUUUUCAAUUCUCAAUUACAUAUUAUCAUAAUGUCUGCCGAAUACCAGGGAGAGGACCCCCUCGUCAUUGCUCAGAAGGCUGAGCGCGACCUCAACUCCUACCAGGCCAAGACUGGUAAAGGCCAGCAGGGCAGCUCUGUCACCGAGUCUGGUGUUGAUGAGGUCAAGGCCUCCAAGUUCCCUGGCGCCGACGUUACCUAUGGCUCUGCUGCUUCCGGCUCCGGCGACAACCGUGAGAUUCCCGUCGAAGAGGGCGGUGAACUGAAGGGUGGCAGCACUGGUAUGCCUACCAAGGCACGCGACUUUGAGGGCCCUGGUGGUCCCGAGACCAAGCAGGCCCAGUACGAGGAGACGAACCCUGGCAACGACGAAGUCCGCGCCAAUGUCAGCAACCAGCUGUAAGCUCUGACUUUGAGGAAUCGAAUCGAAUCGAUGAUAUCCGAUGCGGGUCGCCGCGUCUCUUGCAUAUCCUAAAAAAAGUGACAUCCUGGAAAACGGAUGUCGACUUUUUAAAAAUUUGCAUUGAAAUACUUUGCGGCGGGAACGAAUUCACCCGUCGAAAAUUAUCUGCCUGUAUUUUAUGGCUUAGUCACGGCACUUUUUCUCAGCCGUUGUAUUAUUAGCUCAGGAAGCAAAAAUCACGAUUAGCUAGUU